AACACCACCGCCACUAUCACCGCGCGUGGUGGCUACGCUGUCAUCACCACUGCAAUGUCACGUGAUCCUUAUCCUCACCAGGAGGACGAACCCUGGUGGAGCGGUGAGGAGGCGCAGUGAAGAGGAGCCGGGGUGGAGCGGUGAGGAGGUGGAGCGGCGAUGCCGAUCCGUAGCCACCGCUACCGCCUGGUGGACGAUGGGCGUGACAAGAAAUCUGGGGCGACACCACCGCACAGCGAGGAGGAGUUUGAGCGCGGGAUCAACUUCUCUGCCAAGUACAUCGGCAGUCUGGACGUGCCACGUCCCAACAGCCGGGCCGAGAUCGUGGCCGCCAUGCGACGUAUCCGGUACGAGUUCAAGGCGAAGAGCAUCCAGAAGAGGAAGGUGGUGCUGACGGUGUCGGUGGACGGGGUGCGCGUGACCCCGCGCGGCAAACGCAAGAAGAAGGAGUGGAGCUGGGAUCAGAGCAAGCAGCUCAUCAUGCACGACCCCAUUUACAGGAUCUUCUACGUGUCCCACGACUCCCAGGACCUCAACAUCUUCAGCUACAUCUCCCGCGACGCCGUCACCCACGCCUUCCGCUGCAACGUCUUCAAGGCCAAGCGCAAGAGCCACGCGAUGCGGGUGGUGCGCACGGUGGGGCAGGCGUUUGAGGUGUGCCACACGCUGAGCCUGGCACACGGAGCCCAGCAGCAGCAGCAGCCCCAGCAGCAGCAGCAGCCACAGCAGCAGCAGCAGCCCCAGCAGCAGCAGCAGCAGCAUGCCGAGGACGGCACACAGACACAGCCGGCUCCAGGCCUGGGUGGCUGCUGCAGCCCCCGUCAGCUGCUGCUUGCGGAGGUUCCGGGGGGCGGAGGGGGAGGAGUGGGGGACGGCGUGGGGGUCUCUCUCACGGGCACCCCCAUCGCUCCCCCCAAUGCAGCCGCCCCCAACAAACGCACAGAUUCACAGCCUGCCGCCAACGGGACUUUCCUGAACGGGCUGCCCGACGGGACGCUGCUUCCCGGGCAGGGAAGCCUCCUCGCUGCGGCGGCGGCGGCGGCGGCGGCGGCGAGCCCCGGGUCGCUGGACAUCACGCCGCUGUCGGCCCGCCAUCACAUCCAGCUGCUGCAGCAGCAGCUGGGGCAGCAGGAGCAGCAGACGCAUGUGGCGGUGGCGCAGGUCCGUCUGCUGAAGGAGCAGCUGUCCGCGGAGGUGUCUGCGCGCGUGGAGGCUCAGGCGCGCGCUCACCACCUCCUCACCCAGAACCGGGACCUCCUCACCCACAUCUCCGUGCUCGUCGCGCAGCUCCAAUGCACGGAGAUGCAGCUCUCGAGCACCGACGAUGGCUGCCACAAGUUGGAGGUUCUCGCCAACGGCUUCCACUCCUCCACCUCACCGCCGGCGCGCGACCCGGCCCCCCCGACGGGCUCCGCUGGGCCCCCGGCCACCGCUCGGGCCCCCGGGGCUCUGAGCACCCCCGUAGGUGAGGAGAUCUUUGAAAACGCGCACACGCACGCGACCCUGGGGCCCGCGGUAGACGCGGCAGCGCAAGACUCCGCUCCGCCGUGCCCCGUCACCUCCACCCCGUGCCCCGUCACCUCCACCCCGUGCCCCGUCACCUCCACCCCGUGCCCCGUCACCUCAACCCCGUGCGGCACGCACACCCCUCCACAGGUACGCCUGGUCCAUGGCCACGCGUACGGCAGCCUGCUCGACCUCUGGGCCACCCCCGGGAUCGUGGGAAGCCGUGGCGGGGAGGGUGAGGACACGGCGGAGAGCCCCGUGGGUGGCCCGCGGGGGGCCCGCACCCCCAGCAGGACCCAGGAGCCCCGCCAAAAGUUCACCCCUCCUCAGCUGCCACCACCCCCUGGCUGGGGCGGGGGGAGGGGCAAGUCCUGCGUCCCCAGUCCUGGCGACGGCUCCCCGCACCUCCCGGCCAGCGACACGACCCCUCCCGCCGGCGGCCACGAGGGGUCCCUUCCCACGCUCCCCGACCUCGCGUCCGGCUCCUCGUUCGCCGAGCUGACGACCGACGCCUUCUCCGUGACGGUGGCGACUGCGCUGCCGGCGCCGCCGGCGCGCGCCUCCUGGGAGCUCUUCGAGGACAGCGUCCUCGGCCUGUGGCUCGCGGGGAAGGCCGAGGGCGGCGUGGCGCAGGCCGGGAGCGACCAGGAGGAGCCGCAUGCGUCGCCGGCGGCACCGGCGUCACCGUUGUGGGCCACGGGGCUGGCCUCGCCGAGCAGGCCUGAGCCGAGCACCAGUCUCUUCUCGUCGCCGUCCCCGCUGCGCACACGCCUGCACAUCAGCCUGUCGGAGGAGGAGCUCGCGGCCAGCCUCUCGGACGACUCCGGGGUGCCGGGCCGGCGCGAUUCUGCCGGGGAGCCCGAGGAGAGCCCCAUGCGCUGAUGCCGCCCGCCCCCCCCACCCGCUAACCGCCAACCGGCUGGGCCGUCCGCGUGUUGUGGAGCGCGGCGGAACGGAGUGGCUGGUGAGCAUGCUGGGUUGGGACACGCGAGGCCACGUGGCCCAGAGCGUGGUUGUCUUGCCGAGCGUCCAUCGACCUCGGCGUCGCCACGUGGCCGUCGCUCGUGGGCCUUUGCGUAGAAUAUGAACGGCGACGACACAGAUUACAUUUGUCUGGAUAAUGUUACUCUUUGUUUUUUUCGGUAAAGUCACGUAGAUAAAAUAAAAUUUAAAUAAAAGAACUAAAUCAAAUCGCGACGUUUCGGAGGCAACACAAGCUUCCGUCUUCAGGUGGAACAGUC